AUGUCAGUGGAUCAGACGAUAACAGAGCUCAGUGGCACUUUGGCACAGCUGAGUACACUAGUUGCACAUAUUAAUGGACAAAUUUCGGGUAUCACGGGACGAGUUAAUCUAACACUCGAUAACUUUGAUCAGGCGGUAGCGAAUCUGGCGAAAGAUGCGGGUUCACUGACAUAUCAAGUUGGGAAUACGGUAUCACAAGUGCCCAAUGCGUGGAUAUUCUAUUUCAUCUUCAUUACCCUGAUAGUCGUAUUUAUUCUAUUAUCAGUUCUGAUACUUCUCAGUGUCAUAACAAAAGCCCAAGUGAUAUAUUCCUUUAUGAAAGGUUCGGACGACAAAACCAACUCAACUGUAUCAAUAACCGCUGAAAACAACAACGUCCGACCCUAUCAACGACGACCCGAUGAUUCUGGAAAGUAUUCUGACCAUCAACAAUCAUCAUCUCGACCCUAUUCGACACGUUUAGAAGUAUAA